CUACUGAAUAAGGCCUACAUGUUCUGAUCUUUUUUUUUGUAUUCAAUUCGGUGCUCAGCGUACACGCAUUGCGUGGGACGUUGUCCGCUAGUAGGAGGGGUCUCAGGCGUUUUGGGCCUGGGCUACAACUGCGGAGGAGAGAGCAGACCAGGCAGCGUGGUCGAGUCUGUAGCUGAAACCCGCGGGGGAAAAAAAAAGUUACUUUGAGUGAGAAAAGAGAGACCGAAAAUAUGUCCGGAGACGACGAUCCACAAGAGCAGACCAUCGCGGAUGAUUUGGUCGUCACCAAGUACAAAAUGGGCGCCGAGAUUGCCAACCAGGCCCUGAAGGCUGUGGUGGAGGCAGCCAAGGCUGGUGAGACAGUUGUCAGCCUCUGUGCGAAGGGAGAUGCCUUCAUCAUGGCUGAAACUGGAAAGGUCUUCAGGAAGGAGAAGGACCUGAAAAAAGGCAUCGCUUUCCCAACCAGCGUGUCUGUCAACAACUGUGUGUGCCACUUCUCUCCGCUGAAGAGUGACCCUGAGAUCGUACUGAAGGGCGGGGACCUCGUCAAAAUUGACCUGGGGGUGCACGUGGACGGCUUCAUCUCCAACCUGGCUCACAGCUUUGUGGUGGGAGUGACCAAGGAUGCUCCGUUGACGGGGCGUAAGGCUGACGUGAUCAAAGCGGCACACCUGUGUGCCGAGGCUGCCCUCAGACUGGUCAAGCCUGGAAACCAGAACUCGCAGGUCACAGAGGCCUGGAACAAGAUCGCCAAGUCAUUCAAAUGCUCAGCCAUUGAGGGCAUGCUGUCCCAUCAGUUGAAGCAGCACGUUAUUGACGGAGAGAAAACCAUCAUUCAGAACCCCACGGACCAGCAGAGGAAGGACCAUGAGAAGGCUGAAUUUGAGGUGCAUGAGGUGUACGCCGUGGAUGUGCUCAUCAGCACCGGAGAAGGCAAGGCAAAGGAUGCAGGCCAGAGGACCACCAUUUACAAGAGGGACCCAGACAAGCAGUACGGCCUGAAGAUGAAGACGUCCAGGAGUUUCUUCAGCGAGGUGGAGAGACGCUUCGACGCCAUGCCUUUCACUCUCAGGGCGUUCGAGGAUGAGGGUAAGGCUAGGCUAGGUGUGGUGGAGUGUGCCAAACAUGAACUGCUGCAGCCCUUCAACGUUCUGCACGAGAAAGAAGGUGAGUUUGUGGCCCAGUUCAAGUUCACCGUGCUGCUGAUGGCCAACGGACCCCUACGUAUCACCGCAGAGCUGUAUGAUCAGGAGCUGUACAAGUCUGAACACGAGGUAGAGGACGCAGAUCUCAAGGCCUUGCUCCAAAGCUCAGCGAGCCGCAAGACACAGAAGAAAAAGAAAAAGAAGGCUUCAAAGACCGUGGAAACUGAAACGGCACCAGGACAUCCAGCGCCAGCGAAGGUCGAGGAGACCGAAGCUGCGAAAUAAAACCUUCCAACACCCCCCCAACCCUGUCUUCGUCUCCAAGAAUACUGACAGACAACUGACCAACCCAAAGAACAGACGUCAAUAAUCCCUCCAUCCUACCCUCCUGUCUUGACAUGCCUGCCUUGUGGCGUGGCCUAGCCUUCUGUGAUGAAAACCUCCAAAUGUAAAUGAUGUCAGACUACCGGGUGAUGGUGUUGCUCACGCCUAAAUUCAACUUCCUGUCACAUCCCUUUUCAAUAUCAAUGUCCUUGAGACAGCAGGGUUCUCCCCCAGAAUAGUAAACACGUUCGGUGCAUGACGCUGAAAGAGAGAUAUAUUGAGUAGAACGAGGGCAUUUCCCGGAGUAGAUUCUGUGGGAGACACGUUUAUACCAUCCAGUCAUUGAGCCUUGAACUGUAAUUCUCUAUAAUGAUGUAUGAAGGCAAAGCACGACAGUGGAGGGUUUGAGAUGACUGCACUGCAUUGUGCCAAUGAUCGUUGUGUAAAGGAAACUUCUUGCUUAUGACCUCAAACAAGGUUAAUGUCUCUGAAGUGGAUGUCGGUGUGUCCUAUUAGGGAAUUAAAUGGGUAAUAACUUAAACCCUGCAUUAGUCUACAUAACGCUGUUAUAAACCGUCAUGACCGCAAAUGUUAACUGUCUACAUUGUCACACAAACUUAUUUACAGUGGAUAUUCAAACUUCCUAGCGGCAUAUUUAUCUUACCCCCAGUUACAGUUUGUGACAUAACUGUCAAGUCCGUUGCCGUGGAUAUAUAGUCGAUGGAUUUUUAGAACAGGGAGUCGGAUAAGUGGCUUGCUCUCACUGCACAUACAGAAAUUUGAUAUUCUUAUACCCAGUAAUGGAGGGUUCAGGUGUUCCCAUUAAAUGAUUUGUUCUGUGUAGGACGCCAUAAUUAAUUUCAUACUUCUGGUACUACCACUGCCACAGCGCUCAAUGAAUUCCACCUAUAUUAAUCAGUGUUUACAUCAGUUUCCAUAGCUGUUUAAUACUUGAUACUUUCUAUUGUAAAACAAAUCCCUGUUUCAGAGGCUAUUUUUUGGAAUAAUCUAGACUAGAACCAUUACAACGCCGGCAUUAAAUAGCAACGCCGUAAUAUUGAGUUUGGGUGGGGCAACUGACCAAAGGAUUUACUAACCAACUGCUGCACCACUAGUUCUUGUUGGGCUUUUCAUUCUGAAUAGGUUAUUCGAGGGAGAGAUCCAUCCUUGUGGAAAUGUUUCUUUACUAGGUUGAUGACUUUCUAAGUUUGUUCUCGUGAAAGAAAUGUAUCAUCUCUUGCAUUGUACAUGUGUGUGGGUGUAAUUCUUAAGUCCUUAUUUGGGAAGUAAAUAGGGGGUCGUUCUCGCAAUACAAUUAGGCAUUUAGAAAGGCCUUUGAAAUUGUCAUGUCAGAAUUACAACGCAUCUCGGCGUCCGUAUUUUGCGUACUUGACUGAAAAGUAAAUGCCUCGUUAAUUCUGUGAAUAAGAUCCAUUGAUCAUCCCACUAUAAUCAGAUAAGCCUUUUGAAAUAUGGCCAUUCCUUGAUAAACUAACUCGACAGUUAUGACUGCUGACCCCUGCACUGGAUGUGGAAACCAUAUAUGCCUCGAUCAGUAACGCAAUAGAGGUAUUGACAACUGUUAAAAUAAUGUACAUGGUCGUUCUUUUUUUUGGAUUUAGAAAGAGGGAGUUUUUUUCUUCAUGGUUUGAAAUAAACUUUAAAACAAAAUAUGUGGAUGUGUUGUUUGUCUCAAUAUUGUCUUAUGAAUCUCCCCCAUCUAAAAUAAUGUACAGAAUAAAUACUGUACAUGUAAUUACAUGGCUUUCUACACAGCAUAACAUAUAUACCUCCGUAAAACAGACAUUUUGUAAUUAUAUACAAAAAUAAUGUCGAUUGAGACAAGUCUUAGCACAGUUCAAAGCCAUAUAUAUUAUUGAUGAAAGAUGCAUCACAGAUAGAAGCAGGAUACAGGGGUUUGUUAUACGAAGAAAUCGUUGAAAAAUCAUUGUCUGCUUUUCCCAGAGUUCAUGAGCGUCCAACAAUGAUGACGUAAUCACAGUUUAUAAAUAAACAAUCGAACAACUGUCACGGUCUUCUUGGAGACGGUGCCAUCUUGUAGAGACACCCCUCCACAGCAUGAGGGCCAAGUGGAGAAAGAAGCGUAUGCGCAGGCUGAAGCGCAAGAGGCGAAAGAUGAGGCAGAGGUCAAAAUAGAUUGCCCCCUUACAAAACCAUGUCUGUGACCUUUCUCAUGGACACAACACGAGCACUUGGGAGAUCCUUGGUCCCAAGUCUGGAACAAGACACAGGCCAAUGAGAUGCUAUGAAGAGAUGGUGCUAUUGUUGGUCAACCACCUGCCUGGGAGAUUUGAUAUGGGGACAUUCUGUGUUCUUUACUCUUCUACGAAACCAUCCCUACUCCAUUGCAUUUGUUGAUAUUUUCACAGUUUUUGAUUUUAAAAUUAAGUGGACUCAAUAUUGGUCUGAAACUGGGUCUAAAAAUGUUAAGAGGCCAUUAUUUUUCAUUAUGUCCAAUCAAGUUCAGUUGCAAAGAUUUGUAACGCUAACCUGAGGGGUAUCCUACGACGCAGGUUCAAGGUAACUUUGAACUCGGGAUAGCCAGUCAUACUGAAGUGGCUCACCUUUUAGCUUGGUCAAUUUAGGGCAAUGAAUUCUUAAACUAACCUGCUCCAGGUCUUGCUAACUAAUUGCCCAGAGUGAUUGAACUGAGUGGAGGCCUAAUCUAAUUACCCUCUUGCAAAGACUUAUCAUUUGAGGAAGACUGAUUAAAUGUUUUAUGACAGAAUGCAUGUGAAAAUUAAUGCAAUGCAACACUGACUUACAAAUAUGGGGGAUGCUUGUGCAUAACGCUACGUUUUUGACUGCUUCAAAAGGUUGGCCGCUUUGAUAGGCGUGACUGUUAUCAAACAUAUUUAGCCAAUGUGCCACUAACUAACUACAUACUAUAGCUAAGUGAAAUAUAAGCUAGCAUAAUCUAAGGCUGAGGUCGUUUGGAUGUGCUGACAAAUUCUCUAAAAUGAGGUGGUUUACGGUACACAAUAAACAUUCCCUGGUGGCUAUUCCUGCAGUCAGUAACCCAAUUGCAUGCUCCCUCAACUUGAGACAUAAAGGAUCAGGUGCUCACUAACAGGGAUGUGCACAAUUUGAGAAAUAAACUUUUGUGGAUA